GGUUUUCCACCCAGGACAAGGUUUGUUAGAAGGAUGUCUGGCCGAGGCAAAGGGGGGAAAGGGCUGGGCAAGGGAGGCGCCAAGCGCCACCGGAAGGUCUUACGGGACAACAUCCAGGGCAUCACGAAGCCUGCUAUUCGCCGCCUCGCUCGCCGUGGGGGUGUCAAGCGCAUUUCGGGGCUCAUCUACGAAGAGACGCGGGGAGUGCUGAAGGUGUUUCUGGAGAACGUCAUCCGCGAUGCCGUGACUUACACGGAGCAUGCCAAGCGCAAGACGGUCACGGCCAUGGAUGUGGUGUAUGCGCUGAAGCGCCAGGGCCGCACCCUUUACGGCUUCGGCGGCUGA